AUGCUCCGGUGGGAGAUCGCGUACCAGGCGGAGUGCGACCGCCACGAGAGCCCCGAGUUCGACGAGGAGGCCUGGCACCUGUGCGCCGAGGACCCGGACAGCAGAGCGCGCAAGAUACAGGAGCUGCGGGACAUGAUAUACGAGCGCGGGGAAUGCCAGCCGCCGCAGAUGGACGACGCUUUUUUGUUGCGGUUUUUGCGCGCCAGGCGCUCGGUGCCCGCGCGUGCGCACCGCCUGAUGGUCCGCUACUGCACGUUCCGAGAACAGAACCCGCACCUAUGGCGCGGUGUCGACUGGUUCAGCAUGCGACGGCUCGGCAACGUGUUCGAGGGCGUGCUGUAUGACCGGCCUGAUGUCGGCAGACUCAUAUUGUGCCGACUUGGUCUCUGGGACCCAGACACGACUCCAGUCGAAGAUCUCGUCCGUGGCACCCUACUCCUACUGGAAGUUGGGAUCAUGCAGCCAAAGCUCCAAGUCUUAGGUGGAGUGGCCAUGGUGGACUGUGCGGGAAUCACCAUGAAACAUAUGAGGCAUUUGACACCGUCGAUCGCGUUGCAAGCUAUGAACGUUUUAGGAUACGCAUUCCCGCUUCACCAACGCGGUGUGCACGUGGUCAACUGCUCCCGUGUAUUUGAGACUCUGUUCUACUUCUUUAGAAGGCUGGCACCAGCCGACGAGCUCUGGAAGAAAGUCUACUUCCACAACGACUUUGCUUCUCUUCAUAGAUACAUCGAUCCAGAGUGUCUGCCAAUACGCUACGGAGGGAAGAGAAAAGAAACCUCGCUUUAUACAUGGCUGACGAAGAUCAAGCAUUAUAGAAACAAGACCUUCGAUGACGAUAUCUGCAAGCUGGGGUACACAGCCGAUUAUGAAGAUAUUUAA